GUGGGGUUUGAGCAGUCGGUUGGUCUUGUUUGGGGAAACUGAGAGAGAGAAUCCUCCUUACAGUUUUUCUGCUCGUUUUUUUCUUUUUUUUCAAACAUUCCCUACUAAUUUUACUCAUUCUGGAAACAAACACGAGUUUACAAGGAGUGUUGUUUUCCCUACUGGUCUUGUUUGGGGAAACUUAAAUUCCUCUAAGUUUGGACACUACAUUUUCCUUUUUUUAUGUUACACUCGAUUGGGAAACCUGGAUAACAUGUAAAAGAUGCUUUUGGUUACUGCGAAACUGAACAGCAGCAUCUUGCAGGACACAAACUGAAGGCUAUGCGGCACUGUCCACCUGUAAGGUUUGGAGGUUCUACUGUGACGUCCCGGCUCUUCUAGAUGAGGCCUCUCCUCCCCCUGCGCCCUCCGCUCGACACGUGCCCCGCCCCCAGCAGCCGCAUGGAUAGUAAUCAUCACCAGCGUGGCCCCCACGCCCACGCCACCCCCACACCACCACGUUCCCACACCACGUCUCCAACCAGCCCUCGAACCACCCCACAGAACAUCACCCCAACGACGCUGAGCCCUAACCACACCCAAACCCCCCGCCAUCCCCUGUCCCCUCUCCAGCCCAAUGGGCACCAGAGAGGAGGACCACCUCUGCAGGGUCGCUCCCUGACCCAGACGCCAAUCCCAAACUCGCCCCGGCUGUCGGAGGCGUCCUCCUCCGCCUCCACGUCCUCCCUGGCGCCCGGGGCGGAGGAGAUGUUCGACCUGAUCUGCAGCUCGCAGAGCCGGCGCCUGGACGAACAGCGGGCCAGCAUCGGCGACCGGCUGGCCUUCGCCAUCGCCCAGAACAACAUCCGGCACCUGUGCGAGGCCUGCAACCCUCCGCAGCCCACCGACGACUUCUUCAACAUGCUCAUCAAGCACCAGUCCUGCAGGCUCAAUGACCAGCGCUGCUCCCUGCCAGAGUGCAUGUCCGCUGGGGCUGCAGGGACGUCGGAGGCUGACGAGGCCUUCUUCAGCCUGAUCCAGAGGGUGCAGGCCAAGCGCAUGGACGAGCAGCGUGUCUCCUUCUACGACGGCAUGGAAGGAGCAGACCAUGACCACGAGCACGAGCACGACCAUAAGCCUUCUUCACGACCAGGCUCCGGCUCUAGCUAAAGCCCUGAGCCUGGGCGCGUGCACGCACACACGCACACACACACACACACACACACACACACACACACACACACACACACACACACACACACACACACACACACACACACACACACACACACACACACACACACACACACACGGGUGCCGCUAGGAGGGGAAAGGUGUUACAGAUUCUAAGGACCCAAGCACUGACAGCACGGAUAGUGGCCCUUCAGGGGGCCAAAAUUCGAAUCUUUCAUGGGGCCCGAAAUUUCUCUGGCGGCAUCCCUGCACACACACACACUCACACACACACACACACACACACACACACACACACACACACACACACACACACACACACACACACGCACACGCACCCGCACACCCACACACACACCUCUCAGCUCCUCUCCCUCCCCCACAUGACUGCCCUGCACGGCUGGAAUGCAGAUAUGGACGGACGUCUGGACAGCUCACCGCUCCAAAUACGGGGACCCAGCACGGCCCAGCACACCAGGGCCCUAGCAUGCACUGCACAGCACAGCACAGCACAGCAUGCCAACAGCUCCAUGGGCCUGACUCCUGAGCUGUGAUGAUCAAAGGAGGGAAAUCCGUCUUAUCCGUGUCUUGCCUCCUCGCCUCCACUUAGGAACGCUAGGAUGAACAAUGAGGGGGAGGGAGGGAGGAACAAUGGAACUAGAGAAGAGAAGAGAAGGGGAGAGAAGAGGAUAGGAGAGAAGAGAAGAGGAGGGAAAGAAAGCUAACAGGAGAGAAGAGAAGAGGAGGGGACGGGGAGGAGAGAUGAAAGGAAAGAAAAGGAAGGGAUGAAGAUAGAAGAUGAGUAUAGAGGCAAGCCAGACUAUGAAAUAUACAGUAUAGUCUGGGCUCGCACCAUAGGCGAAGCCCCCGCAAGCCCGUCCCAAUGACUCGCUAUACACUGAUUCUAAACAAGACAAAACACUGUAUCUAGAGGACAGAGCCAGGUCCAGAUUCAUGGUCCAGCUAUGAUUAUCCCCUAUGGUGCGAGGCUAGACCAACCUAGCCAGGCCACACCCUGACGCAACACCUUUGGCGUUGCUUCUAGUCAGGCCAAGAGCAAUGUAAAUACUGUUUCUGAUCUCCAGAAAAAUUGGGAACUCCACCCAAUUUUUCGGACACCAGUCAACCAGUAGCAAACCUAGGGAGGCGGGUCAACCAUGCCGUUUGGGAACUGCUAAUUGUUAUGCUCUUGGUCAGACCAAGUCUCGAAGAGAUUUGAAAAUCGAUGAUAAUCAGGCCAACGUGCCAGGCAAGAAACCCCAUUUUGCUAGUAAGGUGUAGUAUACCAGGCUAGUAGAGUGAUAAAAAGGAGAUAACAUCAGUUGUAGGAAGUAUACAGGAGAGGAGGGGGACAUGACAGAAUAGAGGGAUUGGGAGAUGGAGGAGAGGAGAGGAGCAGAACGAGGGAGAGGGAGAUACUUGGCUUAGGGGGCUUUGUAGCUCUUUAGAUUGGGGAUCAGUCCUAAUAGGCAGAGGCGUAUCUUGUCACCAGGCGGCAGGCAGCCACUUGGGAGCCCCCAAGCCUUCAAGUGGUGAUUUAGCUAAGACAUUAAACUGCAGUAGUGGCGAUCUGUUGCAAAUAUUCAAGAUUUUGAAUUUCUGCUUAGGGCCCCAAUGUACCAUGCCUCUGCUAAUAGGCUGAACUGGACAACACAGAUGAACUGUAUCAAUGUUUAAUCCGCAAGGGUGUUUGUGUUUGUCAUUAGGUCAUAUUCUGCAUAUGUUAUGUUUGUCUUCGACCCGAAUGUGGACACGAAAAGGUCUCCCGCCUCCCUGCUGAUGUUUUAGAGAUAACAUUAUUAACCACUGUGUGAACCCAGAAAGUGGGCAGAUCAUUUUCGGGAACACCUGUCAGCCAUGUUCUCUUUCAAUGUGAAGCAAAGUGAUAGAAAAAAAUAUGUCCAUGAUCAGCUCAUGAUUAUUAAUAUGAAAGUGAUGUACUGGCUGAUGGACCAUCGCACUCCCAUCGCAUACAAACCGCCUCUGCGCAGUUGUAUUUACUUGAGCGCAUCAAAUUUUUAAUGAAUAAUGAAGACCAAUGAUUAAAAUGUACCAUCUGUGAUGUAAACAGUAAUUAACAGGCUAGUGAAUGAUGAAGACUGGUGUAUUACAGUCCCUUUACAAUCUUGUGUUGUUGGAAAAAAGUGAAAUCUACACAUAAAGUCUA